AUUGCUGGAAGGACAGGCACGGCUCCCGCCUGGAGCUGCCGAUCAGCACGCUGCCGUGCCCACGCCAGGCCCUGUCCUCUUCGGGAGCAAAUGUCCUGUGGCGUGUUGAGCGUCUGUGGUUUUGCCAUCAUGUUUUUUUCUGAGAGCUGGACUUUGUGUCUGAAUGGCUUGUGAUGCCAUGUGGGUAAUACUCAAGGUCCUUAAGCCAUGGAAGCCGAAAGGAGACUUGUGUUCUUCCCACCGUCCAUGACCUACCAGUGAAAUGUGAAUUUUGUGACUGAAAGGGCAUCCCGCUUGGGCCUUGUGUUUGAUGGAGAAGGUUGCAGUAGAGUAGCGAGGGUAGGCACUGAGAGACUGAAAGGGCUGGUGGUAUGGGAAGCCCUGGUGUUGUGGUAGAACCCAGGAGCAGACUGUCCUGAUGGCUGCCGAAGGUUAUUCUGUCCCAUUCUGGCUGCCCUUGCCAUGCCCAGUUUGUAGGGUCACUGGAUAACUGAAGAGAUCUUAGCAUUCCUGAGUCCAGCCUCCUGCUCAUACCAGAGACAGCUUUAUGACAGAUCAGGCGACUUCUGGCUUUUACCCAGUUUAGUCUUGAAAACCUACAAAGCUCAGGCAACUUGGACCCAUCUGGAGGUCAUUCACUGUAAGAGGCCUAUGGAGACUAAAGAGAGCUUAACUCAGAAGAGCCAGUGGCUACAAGGAAGCUCCUGUUGAGCCUCUCGGCAGCAUGCCCUGCACAAAUGGAACCGUGGGGAAACUGAGAUGAUAAAUCUGCUUCUGUUGAGCAUGCACAAAGCUGUGUCCUCCAAGCUCUGGAAAGGCCCAGACUCUUUAACAGAUUUCUUGGGAUGUAAAAAAAGAUCAUUCAAAAGCUUUCAGAAUCUCAAGUCUCUGCUUGAACAUCUAGAACCCAUAGAAGAAAGCUAGCCAGUUGGGGGGUUUAAUGUACUCCAAACAAGAUAUAGGUAUUUGAAAUAAUUAAUGUUUUUCAUUUGUAAUUAUUAAUAAAAAUACCCUCAUCUUGAUUUGGUGUAUGCUGUGAAACUUUUUAGUUGAAAUGAUUCAAGGUUAGGGCAAAAUUACAAGAAAAUAAAACUAGGUUCUUGUAAUAAGAGAUGCCUGGUGACCUUCAGAAUGUUUAUUAUCAGUUUCCCUUGCCAAUCUAGUGAUGCGUAUGCACAAAUAAAUAAUUGUCUAUGAAUUGGACAGUAGAUUGAUUAUCAUCAGAGUUUUUUUUUUCAUUAAAGCUGUAUUGCAGUUUGAUUUUAUACAUCAGAAUAAUUCUCUGAAGCUAAUUGGACUAUUUGUAUGCAUUGAAAUAUUUUAUCUCUGUGAUUGUGAUCUAACAGCUAGACCAACUUCAAAUUGUAACCUGUGACACAUUUUCACCAAAUGAUUUUGUUUAAAAAGAAGAAGUUAGCUUAGGGGAUGAUGUGAGGAACACAAUGAAUCAUGAGGAUGCUGUCAUCAGAUUUGAUAAUCUAUUUCAUUUAAAAGGAACAAAACCCAAAAAAUGACUCAAAGGUCACUCAUCCCAGAAUCACCAUUACCUAGCCAUGUGAAGCCUUACUGAGUUGUAGUUACUGAACUGUUUUUUGCAACAUUUAUAAGACUUGGAAAGGUGCUAAUAUGAAAUGCAUAUAACGGUGCAGUCUUUGGGUUCUCUCAGCUCCUAGUUGGAAGUGUUAUUAUUUCUACAGGUACUUAAGACCUAGCUCCUCAAGUAGACAUGCUCUAAAGAGUUUACUUAUACAUAAGGCUGCUCACAUUCGUGUAAGUGUCUUGAAGAACAUGAUAGGUUUGUCUUUUAAUAAAGCACGUGAGAUACGGCAAUAAGAUCAUUUGACAGUGAAAGUUACUUUGAUAUUUUAGUGGACCCUAGUAAUGUGCAAUACCUGUGGUCCUUGAGGGAGAUGUAGGAAUAAUUAAAGAAAUGUUACAUACUUUCUGUGCCAACUAGAAAAAUAUUUGAAAAACUCCUAAUGAGACUUACAGUGUAAUUGUUUGUAUAGGGUAAAAAAUUGCCAGCUCUCUGUGAAAGUACCGAGUUAGUUUCAGAUGAGCAGGUCACAGCUAAUUAACUCAGCUGCCCUCGUAGUUGUGCUGAAACAGCUGUUCUGCUUUUUGAGUCUCAGCCGUCUCAUCCAGUGCUGGCUUUGUGUGGCAUAGCACCGGGUUCUGCAGCUCUCUGUGGUUUCCAAAGGUCAGUACUUAGGAUGGACAUUCCCCUUCCAUCCUGUUCACAUGGAAGACACAUGACCAUGAGCCAGCUGCUCAUAAAGAGCUGUGGUGGUAUUUGACUAACAGCUUUCAAGAAGUGCUUGCGUGUCUGCAGUGUUUGUCCAGGAGCAACCCGUGAGACGGAGGAGUGAGGUAAAGCACUGAUUCAAACAUUUGAUGAGCUGCAAUAUGGUUAUGUCCAGAAGAGCGAGAUUUUCUCAAUGUUAUGGACUGCUUUUAUAUCUCUAGAAUGACCUGAGGAUCCUAGCGCUUCCACGUCGCAGUCGGACCAUUCCACUCACACCAAAUCUGCUUCUGCUUUGUCAUCGGACUCCAUCUCCACCUCAGCAGACAACUUCUCUCCGGAUUUAAGGGUCCUAAGGGAGGCUAAUAAAUUGGCUGAAAUGGAAGAGCCACCUUUGCUGCCUGGGGAAACCAUUAAAGACAUGGCUAAGGAUGUUACUUACAUCUGCCCCUUCACUGGAGCAAUCAGAGGAACCCUUACUGUUACCAAUUAUAGACUGUAUUUUAAAAGCAUGGAACGGGACCCUCCUUUUGUCCUAGAUGCAUCUUUAGGUGUAAUCAACAGAGUGGAGAAAAUUGGAGGUGCUUCCAGUCGUGGUGAAAAUUCAUAUGGGCUGGAGAUUGUAUGCAAGGAUAUUCGAAACUUGCGGUUUGCUCAUAAGCCUGAAGGGAGAACUAGACGAUCCAUAUUUGAGAACCUAAUGAAAUAUGCUUUUCCAGUUUCAAAUAAUCUACCACUUUUUGCCUUUGAGUACAAAGAGGUUUUCCCAGAAAAUGGAUGGAAAGUGUACGACCCAGCUUGGGAGUACAGAAGACAGGGAAUUCCCAAUGAAAGCUGGAGACUGACCAAGAUUAAUGAGCGCUAUGAGCUGUGUGAUACAUACCCCGCCAUUCUAGCUGUGCCUGUAAACAUUCCCGAUGAGGAAUUAAAGAGAGUGGCAUCCUUCAGAUCCAGAGGACGCAUACCAGUCUUGUCAUGGAUUCACCCAGAAAGUCAAGCCACGAUCACUCGCUGUAGCCAGCCCAUGGUGGGAGUGAGUGGCAAGCGGAGCAAGGAAGAUGAAAAGUACCUUCAAGCCAUCAUGGAUUCUAAUGCCCAGUCCCAUAAAAUCUUCAUAUUUGAUGCAAGGCCUAGUGUGAAUGCUGUAGCCAAUAAGGCUAAAGGAGGGGGCUAUGAGAGCGAGGAUGCCUAUCAGAAUGCAGAACUAGUGUUCCUGGAUAUUCACAAUAUUCAUGUUAUGAGAGAGUCGCUGAGAAAACUGAAAGAAAUUGUGUAUCCCAAUAUCGAGGAGACUCACUGGCUGUCUAAUUUAGAGUCAACUCAUUGGCUAGAGCAUAUCAAGCUCAUUCUUGCUGGAGCCCUUCGGAUUGCUGACAAAGUGGAAUCGGGGAAGACAUCUGUGGUUGUACACUGCAGUGAUGGCUGGGACCGGACAGCCCAGCUCACCUCUCUCGCCCUGCUCAUGCUGGAUGGCUACUACCGAACCAUCAGGGGCUUUGAAGUGCUCGUGGAGAAGGAGUGGCUGAGCUUCGGCCACAGAUUUCAGCUGAGAGUUGGCCACGGGGACAAGAAUCACGCGGAUGCGGAUCGCUCCCCCGUCUUCCUGCAGUUCAUCGACUGUGUCUGGCAAAUGACAAGACAGUUUCCUACAGCAUUUGAGUUCAACGAGUACUUCCUGAUCACCAUCCUGGACCACCUGUACAGCUGUUUGUUUGGAACCUUCCUGUGCAGCAGUGAGCAGCAGAGAGUGAAGGAGAGCCUUCCAAAAAAGACUGUAUCACUUUGGUCUUACAUCAACAGCCAACUGGAGGAGUUCACUAACCCCUUGUACGUGAGCUACUCCAAUCAUGUCCUGUAUCCCGUGGCCAGCAUGCGCCACCUCGAGCUGUGGGUCGGCUACUACAUCCGCUGGAACCCCAGGAUGAAGCCUCAGGAACCUGUUCACAAUCGCUACAAGGAGCUUCUGGCCAAGCGGGCUGAGCUGCAGAAGAAAGUGGAGGAACUGCAGAGAGAAAUCACCAACCGUUCCACCUCAUCCUCGGAGCGAGCCGGCUCUCCCGCACAGUGCGUCGCUCCCGUACAGACAGUUGUAUAAUACAGACUUUUUUUUUUGCUGACUCCCUUCCCAGGACCAUGGGGGGCAGCUUUUCGGAAACCUCCUGGAUUUCCAGCAUGGUGCCUGGGAGAUGCCAACCUAUUUAUUUAUUUCUCUCCAGGGUAAUUUAUUAGUACUGUAGCACUAGAGAAAGCUUAAAGCAAAAACCAACAGACAAGGCCCCCUAUGCAAUUACCCUUCUCAGUGGCUAGCUUACAGUACAAGCCAAUUGCACUUGCCACCUGUAAGAAGCCUGGAGCUUGCUCUUUGUUCACUGAUGUGCUGGAAAUCACUUGGCUUGAAAGAGUCUGUGCAUGAGCAUGAAGCACCAUGGAGGAAAAAUGUCUGCUCAGAAGUUUGAAAGGCCAAACCUGACUUUAUAUUGGAGCCUCAGAUGCAGCUGUGCCAUCACACACCCUCCUGCUCAGCAGAGUGAAUGACGGCGUUUGCCAGCACACCUGGAAAUAAGCAGCAGCAGUGUCUGAAACAAGUCAUUCCCUUCACCUCGACCUCGAUCAUAGGAAGCCAUGUAAAUGAUGCCUUAUUUAAAGAAAGGGCAGCUUCUCCCAAUAAAAUACUGCGGUAGAGGAGCAACACUACAGGACUUGAUUUUGUAAGACAACAUUUACUUCCAUCUCUGCAACUUCAGAAUCUCACUUGUGGCUUACAGUGGGUGUGCCAGAAUGCAACCUAAGCACCUUUAUUUCAGAGGGGGAGCAGAGUGUGGCUCCCCUGGGCUUUCCACAGCUCCUCUGGUCUCCAGUGCCUCAUCGUCAUCAGGGGAAAAGGUCGUGGAAUACCAAGGGGCACAUGUGAACUGCUGGGAUCAGCCAUUACGUUUUGCUUGGGUAAGCAUAAUUAGCAAUUUUAAUGCUUCUGUGCAGGGUUAUAGUGGUGUACUUAUGGUAUUUCAGCUUUCUGCUAACUAAUGGAAGCAACUGUGCAUCAACCAAAGACACCUUUCUGCCUGCAUUGCAACUGCUGCUUUUAGGUUUUUCUGGCAGACUGAACAGCUUAGCCAUUUUCUAAACCCUACCUUCUUCCUCAUAGUCUGCUUCAAGAACUGGUGUCACUCUACACUUAAGCUAAAAUUCAAUUUUAAUACAAAAAUUUACUGUAGGAGAUACAACGCAGGCUUGGUGAAACCAUGACUGCCCCCUUGCUCUUCCAACCAGGUAAGCAGGGUUGCAGAGGGGUCUAAGAGCAAAGGCAGUUAAGUAUGUGCAAGGUCUUCUGGCUGUUUCUCCACCUCUCACUGAGGAGAAGGGGUCCUGCUUGGUGUGGGUUCCUGUGUUACUCUUUUAGGACCGGAUCCCAGACCGUGGUCACCUGUUUAAUAUACCUGGCAGCUGCUUCACUCAGCUGCUAUUCCACCAGAGAAGGAUGUUUGGAGGGAAUGUAAGAACAGACCCAUUUCCACCUAAGAAACAGCCUUUCAAAAGCCACAUUCCUUCCAAGGCAGUUAGCAGUCAUUUCCUCCUGCAGUCUCCACUUUUGCCUGCUCUACUGCUGCCAUCACCACACCGUGCUUACAGAGAAAUCCACAGCCACCUUCCGACAGGAUGAGUAACAGCCUGCACAGCAUCACCACGUUUGUUAUAGGGUGGCCUGACACAUUAUGGUUCAAUAGUGCAAAGAAUCCACACAAAAUACUUUCUAAGGACUUGGAUUUGCAGGUCUGCUCUUACAUACAAUCACUAUAUAAAAUGGUUAAAAGCAUUAUUCUGUAUUAGCAAAUUGACUCUGUGUGUAUAUUUUGUUUCUGGAUGAAGGCCUUUUGGUUUUCUUAACAUUAAUAAAAACGGAUAAAUGGA